CAUGCUCAUUUUUUUCAGGUCUCCACUUCAACGCAUGAAUUAUCAUGUGCUCAAUUUUGUCCCCGGUUGUGUGUUUAUCUUGUCGCGGGCUACGUCUGGUCUGAAGGCCAUUUAGAUCUUGUAAUAAGGCGCCAUGCGAUUUCAGAUCGGACCUAGGUUAGGGCAUGCCACCCUCCUCGAAAUCCUCACGUUUCGUGACACGCGUCGUCUUGCUGCUCUCCACAUUGGAGGCCACACCGAGCGAGGCCUCGGACUCGCAUCACAGUACCAUCUAUAUAGCUCUAUUCCAGACGGCGCCACGCUACAUAUUCAAGCAAGAUAUACUAGCAUAUGUUCUGGGGCAGACGGUCCAUCCGAUCCUGCCAGCGGGUCUUCAAGUGAACGCAAUAAUUAUCUCUUGAUUAUCCCUAGCGUGCAUACAUAUAUCUAAGUUGAUUCACCGGUAGAUUGCCCUGCGACUGUCUUCACAGUUCCGGAGGUCGUUCGUCGACGGUCGCUAUAUCGUUCUUCUUUCUCAGCAUCAAUUCCCGUUGGCCGGAAAACGAGGAAUCCACCGUGACUCCGAGCUUGUACUGGAACUAUACAGUCUUCGCGUACAAUGCCUAGCAGCGAUCCGUCGCCCCACAAUGCACGAUUAGCACACCCUCCUGACGAUAAUGGCAACUCUUUGAAUGCUGCCAUGCAGACGCCGAUCUCGACGACUACGAGGCCGCGCCACCUCAAUCCCGACAUCGAGCGUCUAAUUCUCGAAUGUCGUCUGUCCAGCCUGGCGACGCAGGACACGGAAGCCUCAGAGCUGGCUCUGAUAUGCAGAUAUUUUCACGAGAUCGUUUCGACGUGGCGUUGGAGAUACGUUCAGUGGCCUCGAUAUGUCGAUAUCGUUGGAAGGAAGAGCGUGAAGACCACUAGUAAGGGGGGGAUGGUGGUUUGUAAGAUUGUUCCGACGAGUGUGGCGCCGUUCGUCAGGCACCUCUAUAUAGCAUGCCAUCUGGCCAGAGCCCUGAACUGGAGAGACCUCCUUCCUCUCAUCUGUCAACUAUCAAGUCUCACGACCGUAACAUUCGACCUCGUCGUCCCUUCUCCGUCCUACAUAAUAUCCGCCCUGCUUUCCACUCCUACAUUAUCCACCUUAGAACUCAUAUCCAUGCCUCUCACCAUGAAACCACCACCUGUCUUCCAUUCGUCCGCCGCAAACCUCCAGCGUCUCGUCCUCACCCGUCCCGUCCCGUGGACAUCCAUCGACCACUGCAGUCCAGUGUUGGACCCAACAUUAUACUUACCGCACUAUCAUUCCCAACCCGCUAAUUUCAAGGCGAAGCUCCGAGUUUCGGAGUUACUAUACGACGAGGACACGGCGGAGGACUUCGUGCGGUCUCUGCUUUGUGCUACACCAGCGACGAGUCUGAGCAUGAGAUUGCUGAUGCAUUUGGAGGUCGACCUGGAGCUGGUGAGGUUUGAGGAGCUGGGGAGGCAGGAGUUUCCGAGGCUUGAGAGGCUUGUGUUUUGUGGGAUGUGUCCUUCGGGUUCUGGUAGCGGGACUGGUACAACAGGAUUCGGCGAGAAUCCGUAUGAUCUCACAAACUUGCUGAACAUGCCUAACCUUCGCGAACUCAGCUUCGCUCUCAUCCAUCCUCAACCCCCGUCUGGCGUAUCUGACGAUGUCCCGUCUCAAGCCACCAGCAGUCCAUUCUCAUUCCAAGUCGUCCCACCCGUCGCAAUCCCACUCUCACCCGACUCGUUACAUCCGCACCCAGAUUCAGAAGAGACGAUCGUCCGAGUGCGAAGAACGCUCUCCGCACUCUUUCCAAACCUCGAAAUCUUCGCGCUUUCGAACCCCGAUCCCAGCGACCUCAUCUUCCACACCCUCCCACCUUCCGUCCACUCCAUCCACCUCUCCACCAUCCUCCUCGCCUUCUCUUCCCCUCUUCCCCCCUCACACCCUCUAUUCCGCCGCGUCGGGCCAGUCACCGGUGGCUCCAGAACUACCGAGGACGAAGUACCGCGCAUAGACGGUAAUGGUCUCCGGAAGAUCGUCGCAGCUCUGCGCUCACAUCCCGAGCGGAAGUUGUAUGAUUUUAGAGCGAUGUUGAGUGUGGAGAUGAGGCCGGAGUUGUUGGAGUGUUUGGCGGAGGCGUUUCCCGAGUUGAGGAGGUUGGAGGUUAAGAGGUCGUUUGAGGAUGCGCCGGUGAGGUAUAGUACGCGGCAGAUGCAGAUGCGGGGGCAGAGCGAGUUGGAUGCGUUCACGGAGGUGAGGGUGCUUUCGUAUUCGCGGGUGUGAUGCUCACUUUGGACUUGAUCCUUAUUGUCUAUUGUGCUGAACGUGUAUCGUGCUAGAUGGAAUACAUAGCUCCUCUUCUCCCUCUCACGCAUCUCACACACCUCCGUCUCCCAAUCUUUACCCAUUCCCUACCCGUCAUUCAGUCCGCCACCAAGCCCCGUCCAGAAGCCUCACUCGCGUCCGAAAAGCUCGCCGUGAUAUCGAUGCUAUCUCACCUCAGUCCCUCAAUCAAACUCCUAGGCUUCUACCGCCAGUUCACUUAUCCGCACGUCGAGGAGUAUGGGAAUAGAAGUAUGAGGACCGAGGAUGUUCCAGGGUGGUCCGAUUGGGUCGUUACGAGGGAUUUGAACGUCGAGGAGGAGGAGGAUGGUCUAGUCGAUCAGGAUCGAAAACGGAGACAGGGCGAGGUGAAGGAGGUGAGACCGGUGUGGCCGAAGUCGAGACAGGUUCCUGUGAAGAAGACUUGGCUGAAGAUGUUCGAUACGAGGAGUUUGUAUUGAUUGCUUUUUAUCUGUUCGGCGAUACUGCAUCCAAAGAAACGGAAUGAUGAGACGCGGAAGGGUUGAAUAUCAGCAGAUUGUGAAAUGGGCUAGAAACGAAGGUGAUAGAAAAACGAGUCGAUGGAGAGAAAGACAAAGGGGAUGGGAGGAUCAUGUGGAGGUGUGGAUUUGAAAGAAGUCGGAUAGUAGAUGUAAGGUCCAACUAUGUCACUAGUCG